CCUACGUCACCGGAAACAGGAAGCGGAUAAAUGAACCGUUGAUAUGUAACGUUAACCUGUAACACACCUCCAAGCAGCGGGGACGAGAUGCCCCACAUUUACCAUAAAAUGCGGAGGUUUGGCUUCUCCCUCCAUCGCCACAUCUCUUCCACUGUCCCCUCGCGCACCAGGACAUGCUGCCUCCUCCAAAGGGUCCUCCCGAGUUCCCAGAGCACCGUGCCUGGUCCCAGCUGCCAGUACAAGAGGGAUGUGAGCACAGCCCUUGGGUCGCACAUACAGGACCCGAGUGGGCCCGAGCAGAGGCUGCUGGAUAAACUGUACGAAGGGCUGAUCGGAGGACAGCGGGCGUCUCUGGCGGAGUCCAUCACUUUGGUGGAGACCCAGCAUCCCAGGAAGAAAGAGCUUGCUCAGGUGCUGCUGCAGAGGGUGCUGGUCUACAGGAGGGAGCAGGAGAGUCGUAAUGGAGGGAAGCCCGUGGCUUUCCGAGUAGGUCUGUCCGGUCCUCCAGGAGCGGGGAAGUCGUCCUUCAUCGAGGUGGUGGGGAAGAUGUUAACAGCACGUGGACAUAAGGUCUCAGUGCUGGCUGUUGACCCGUCCUCCUGCACUACAGGAGGGUCUCUGAUGGGUGAUAAGACUCGUAUGACUGAACUCUCCAGGGACAUGAGCGCUUUCAUCAGGCCAUCGCCGGCCUCAGGAACACUUGGUGGAGUCACCAGAACAACUAAUGAGGCCAUUGUUCUCUGUGAAGGAGCGGGAUAUGACAUUGUCCUUGUCGAGACCGUAGGUGUGGGCCAGUCUGAGUUUGCAGUGGCUGACAUGGUUGACAUGUUUGUGCUGCUGAUUCCUCCAGCAGGGGGCGAUGAACUCCAGGGUAUCAAGAGAGGCAUCAUUGAGAGGGCCGACUUGGUGGUGGUGACGAAGUCGGAUGGAGACCUGGUGGUGCCAGCCCGGAGGAUCCAGACCGAAUACACCAGCGCCCUCAAGCUGCUCAGGAGACAGUCCAAGUCCUGGAACCCUAAGGUGGUGCGCGCCUCCUCAUACACCAGUGAGGGCAUCCCAGAGGUCUGGGCAAAGAUGGAGUCGUACCGGGACGCCAUGUUGGCCCGCGGUGAACUGCAGGGCCGGAGGAGGGACCAGCAGAAGGUUUGGCUGUGGACUUUGAUCCAGGAGAACGCCCUCUGCCAUUUCCAGAAUCACCCCAGUGUCAGAGAGGCUCUGCCUCACCUCGAGGAGAGGGUCACCAAAGGAGCCAUCUCCCCGGGCCUGGCUGCUGACCUGCUUCUUAAAGCCUUCUCAUCAUCAUCAUAACCAUAGCAAUCAGUGGGGCUGUACUUUUGGAGAAGGAUGGAUGGCUCAUGGCCGGUCAGGGCCACUUGGUGCCAAGGAAAGCCAGGACCAUGUGAGGAUAUGUGAACUUGACUCUAGUUUGCACAAAAAGAAGCUGCCUUGCUUUUUUCACUCUUAAUUUGAAAUUCAAAACACCUAAUAUGAAAUAAUCCAAAUGAGGAGAGGAAGAGCGGGCUGUGAGUUGUCCCUUCUCAGCUACUGCUUCAAGACACAUCCAUUUGGACCGUGGACGGCAUUUCAAAAUAUUUCAAUUGUGUCCGAUAUUGCUGUGAGAUAUGAAAUGUUGCGCUGCCAACUGGUAACCAGCUGGUUAUCCAAAGCAGAUCCUGUCCUCGAUGACGGAGACACUGGAGACCCUCGUUUUAAUACGAUUAGUGCAACACACACAGAACUGUAAAGACUAUGUUGGUACAUUUGGAGUUUGCACAAUAACCAUCACCUUUUUAAGAAUGGGGUCAUUAAAUGUGACUUGUUCAUGCCCUAAAUAUUGGCAUGACAAUUACUGUA